AUGACGAACGUACUCAUCACUGGCAGCUCAGGCUAUCUUGGUGGAUCGCUACUUGCAUCAUGGGCGGAAGCAAACAUUGAGGGUUACGACAAGCUGUACGCACUGGUGCGAUCCGGCUCGCAAGCUGCCGCAGUAAAGUCGCUCUACGGCGCUGAUCCUGUCAGAUGUAGCCUUGAGGAAGGCGAUAUCAGGAGUCUGGUCGUGGGCAACGACAUCACCGUGGUGUUGUACCUGAUUGAUGCCUACCGUGCCGAGCGACCCACUACUGGAACGAAACAGUUCUCUGAGCAUGCCGGUGCGCCGACAGACAAACCGCUUCUGGACACGGAUUCCAAUCUGUAUUACAUCCAGAGAGGCCAAAAGGCGCCAGUUGAGGAGAUGGCGGUGACAUGGCCGGUGUGCCACACAUCCGACAACACAUCGCUCUACAUCGCGCUGGCCAGAGCCAUUUUGAGCGGUUCCAACCCCGAUCAUGGGAAGUUCGGUUACUACCUAGCUUCAUCAGGCUCAGGCAGCUGGGAUGACAUUUACGCAGCUGUGGUCAAAGCAAUGGCGGAACGGGGUGUCAUUAUUGAUGACACAGUCGCACCCGUCACAGAUGAAGCGUUGAGGAAGAUGUCCGCUGCGUUGAAUGUAGAGCCGGCGUCGGCGGUGUCCAAAGUUGGUGGAAAGUAG